AUGGGAAAUGAAUUUUCCAUUUCUUUUUUGGAAAAUCUUUUGAGGGACAAAUCUGAAGACGAAAUGGUUCGCCACGAGCUACCGAGCCCUCUUCACGCUGCGGGACUUGAGAGCUCCUGCUGCUGUUGCUCUUUUAGCUGCUGCGCUGCAGCACGACAGCAGUUCUGCACUUUUGCGGCACGAACUUGCUUUUGUUUUGGGACAAAUUCGCUACCCUCCUGCUGCUGCUGCUGCUGCUGCUGCUGCUGCUGCUGCUGCUCCUGCUGCUGCUCCUGCUGCUGGCGGCGAGGGGCGCGAAGAGUUCCUCGCUGCUGCUGCUGCUGCUGCAGCAAGGAGGCACGCGGCAGCGGCGCAGCAGCAGCAGCAGCAGCAGUAGCAGCAGCAGCGGGGGGGCCCCCGGAUGCAGCAGCAGCAGCUGCUGCUGCUGCUGCUGCUGCUGCGCUGCUGCAGCGGCUGCACGAAGAGCCGGAGCAGCAAAUGGUGCGGCACGAAGCAGCGCUGGCCCUGGGGUCUCUUGCUGCUGCAGCAGAAGCAGCAGCAGCAAAACUAAACCCUCAAAAAGCCUCGCAGCAAUUAUCUCUUUUUUGCAAAACCCUUUCUGGAGUAAUAAAUAAAAACAAAAAAGAAAAAACUUUUCAAAAAACAAAUUCCAAAGUCGAAAUGCAUUUUCAAGAAAAAGAAGCAGAACAAACUAUGAGAGAAGUCAUUCUCCAGGCGCUCCAAAAGCAGCGCCACAGCAGCAGCAAAGUUGUUGCUGAGAGUUGCCUGGUGGCUCUUUGGAAUGUCCAGGAGGAGCUGGGCAUAGACUGCGGGGUCUAG